AUGCACGACGAAGCAGAAGCAGCAUGCAGGAGAGAGUACGAUUCCUAUGGGAAUUGGCGCCCCCUUCCACCCAAACCAAAGGAAAAGCCUGGAUAUGUAGAAGAGAAAUUCGAAGACUUCAGAGACAUCUAUGACAACAUUUCAGUUUCCCAUGAAAAUGAAGAACUAAAGGCAGAGGUUGAACCACCAGGCCAGAAUCUUGAAACCAUAACAGAUGCAGUGAUGUUCUCAAAGCUUACGAAGCUGAAUACCAACUCUGUACAAGGCAGCUGCGAAGUUUCAGAUGCCUCUGUAAUGAUCAAUGAGUCAACAAUGUUUUUUGUGUCAAAACUUAAAAUUAUAGAAAACCAAAUUGAUAAUAUGAAUAAAGCAAUUGAUAACAUACUGAAAGAAAAAAUAUCCAGAAUAGAAGGAAAGCUGACUGUGUUGCAAAAUCAAUUAGAUGCUGAUGGUUUUCAUUGGCAGGAAUUUCAAGGGAGCUAUUAUUACUUCUCACGGAGUGCAAAAAAAUGGGGAUAUGCCAAAAACUUCUGUGCUACGGUUAACUCCCGCCUGAUCAUUAUUGACAGUAAGCAAGAGCAGGAUUUUGUGGUUAGCAAAAUGACCUCAUCAGUCUGGCUUGGUUUGAGUGAUGCAGUGAAGGAGGGACAAUGGCAUUGGAUUGAUGGAUCACCUCUGGAACAGCAACAAAGUUUCUGGAAGCAGCAAGAACCCAAUAACAGUGGUAGUGGGGAAGAUUGUGCUAUACUUUGUAAAGAAAGCAAAUGGAAUGACAUUGCCUGUGAGACAGAUAUCUACUUUGUUUGUGAAAAGACAGUAAUUCUGUAG